AAGUUUCCCAGGCAGUCUCUUCCAGUUUUUAGCUCGCAAGAAGAAAGAAUUCCGUGUACUUUUUUCUUCUUCAACUUUUUGUCAAAUUGAUCACGAACUUCUGCUAUAUCUCUAAUAAACUUGGACUGGUUAAUAAACUUGGACUGAUUCUUUUAAACCCGGUGAUAUAAUAGCGUGAUUGGCGAGGCCGGGUUUCGGCUCAGAGGGGAAGCGAUGUUUUUCAACGGCGAUUCAUCCACAAGGAAGCGAGUCGAUUUAGGAGGCCGGAGUUCGAAGGAGAGAGAUAGGAAGAAGCUUCUUGAACAAACUAGACUGGAACGUAAUAGUCGGUUGUGGGUGAAGCAACAGAAUGCCGCUGCUGUCAAAAUUCAAAAAUGGUUCAGAGGGAGAAAGGCAGUGGAGGCUGAACAUUCUAGGGUGCGGGGGAAGUUCCAUGGAACCUAUGGCAAGUGUUGCCAAAAUGUAGACAGGCAUUGUUUUGGUCCGGAUUCAGAGUUCUUCCGGCAGCUAUUAUUUUUCUUCAAUGCAAACGAUAGUGAUGAUUUCACAAUCCUCGUGGAGACUUGCCGAUUGCUUCUGCAAAAUGUUCAAGAUAGUGGGGAUAUCGUGAGCCUAUUUGCUGGUGGGGAUUAUUCAACCAAGCAUGCUUUGGUGGAGUAUAGGGUCAAAAAACUCUCAUUUGCCUGUAUUUGGGCUAUCUAUCAAAAUAGACAACAAUUGAAGGAUCAAUUAGUGAUGAUGCCCAGGGAUUCAAGCAUAACAGCAACUCUCUUGCUGGAAGCUGUAGCUUUGCUGAUCGAUCCCAAACUUCCAUGGGCUUGUAAGGUCGUUGGUUAUCUCUUGCAAAGGAAUGUGUUUGCUCUAUUUCGAGAGAUUGUUCUAACAGGAAAGGAGAAUAUGAGGAGUGACAGUUCCAUCAGAAAUGCAUCUCCAUUGGAGCGUAUUCUUGCCCUUGUGAUAUCUCAUGUUGGUCAGAAGCCAUGUAUUUGCCCCACCAUUGAUCUGCAAUGGAGUUUCUCAUCUCAGAUGCUGACAAUUCCUUUACUAUGGCGACUUUUUCCUAAUUUAAAAGAGGUUUUUGCAACUCAGGGGCUGAGCCAACAUUACAUUAAUCAGAUGGCACGUUGCAUGCGGAAUAAUACUUAUGUACUGCCCAAUGAUCUUUCUGUGGAAUAUCCUGGCCACGCUUGUCUUCUAGGAAAUAUGUUAGAAACCGCAGGAGCUGCUUUGUCUCAUGCUGACUGUUCAUUUGAGAUGGCUAUAGAUAUUGCUGCCGUGACAACAUUCUUGUUGGAGGCACUUCCUCCUAUAAAAUCAUCAAGUCCAGAAAUUAGACCAAGCUCCACUCUGGAUGAGGAUGAUAUGGCUUUGCCUGAUGAAAUGGAAAUAGUCUUAAACAAGGAUUUGGAACACAAGAUAGUCCAUGCUAUGCAUUCACGCUUUCUCUUGCAAUUGACGAGUGUUUUAUUUGGGGAGAUUACAAUGGUCAGUGGUUCAAACCAUGGACUGGACGAUAAAGAGGUUGCAGCUAUUGGUGCUGCUUGUGCUUUUUUGCAUGUAGCUUUCAACACUUUGCCAGUUGAGCGAAUGAUGACUGUACUAGCUUUUAGAACUGAACUUGUUCAAGUGCUUUGGAAUUUUAUGAAGCAGUGUCAUGAGAAUAAAAAGUGGCCAUCCUUGCCUGAUCAGUUAUCAUAUCUACCAGGAAAUGCACCUGGCUGGCUAUUACCUCUGGCUGUUUUUUGUCCUGUAUAUAAGUACAUGCUUAUGUUAGUUGACAAUGAGGAGUUCUAUGAACAGGAGAAGCCUUUAUCAUUGAAGGAUGUCCGGUGCCUAAUUGUUAUUUUGAGACAGGCCCUAUGGCAGCUCCUAUGGGUGAAUCCUAAAGUGCACAGUAAUUCAGUUAAACUCGUCAAGAACACCUCUGCUUAUAGUGGGAACCCUAUUGAAUGUAUUAAACAGAGAGUUAGUCUUGUAGCCUCUGAGCUCCUCUCUCAGUUGCAAGAUUGGAACAACAGACGACAAUUUGCACCACCCAAUGAUUUCCAUGCUGAUGGUGUUGAUGACUCAUUUAUUUCUCAGGCUGUAAUAGAUGGAACCAAAGCAAAUGACAUUAUGAAACAGGCUCCUUUCUUGGUACCUUUUACAAGCAGAGUUAAAAUAUUCAAUUCACAAUUAUUGGCAGUUAGGCAAAGACAAGGGUCCCAUGGUGUUUUUACAAGAAACAGAUACAGAAUACGGAGAGAUCAUAUUUUGGAAGAUGCUUAUAAUCAGAUGAGUGCAUUGUCUGAGGAGGACCUUCGAGGAUUGAUUCGUGUAUCAUUUAUCAAUGAGUUUGGAGUUGAGGAAGCUGGCAUUGAUGGAGGUGGCAUUUUUAAAGAUUUCAUGGAAAACAUUACUCGAGCUGCCUUCGAUGUGCAGUAUGGGUUGUUUAAGGAAACAUCUGAUCACCUACUCUACCCCAAUCCUGGAUCAGGAAUGCUACAUGAACAACAUCUUCAAUUUUUUCAUUUUCUUGGAACUCUUCUUGCAAAGGCCAUGUUUGAAGGUAUUCUUGUUGAUAUACCUUUUGCAACAUUCUUCCUAAGCAAAUUAAAGAAGAAGUACAACUAUUUGAAUGACUUGCCUUCAUUGGAUUCAGAAUUAUAUCGCCACCUUAUUUUCCUAAAGCGUUAUCAAGGUGAUAUUUCUGACUUGGAGCUCUACUUUGUCAUUGUAAAUAAUGAAUAUGGCGAGCUGACAGAAGAGGAGCUGCGUCCUGGAGGAAGAAACCAGCGUGUCACUAAUGACAAUGUCAUUCCUUUUACCCAUCUUGUAUCCAAUUAUCGUCUAAAUUAUCAGAUACGUCUACAAAGUUCUCAUUUCAUGAGGGGCUUUCAGCAGCUUAUAAAGAAAGAAUGGAUUGAUAUGUUUGACGAGCAUGAACUUCAGCUUCUGAUAUCAGGUUCGCUUGAUGGCUUGGAUAUUGAUGACUUGCGCAUUCAUAGCAAUUAUGGUGGUGGUUAUCAUAGUGAGCAUUAUGUUAUUGAGAUGUUCUGGGAAGUUCUGAAAGGUUUUUCCAUGGAAAAUCAAAAGAAAAUUUUGAAGUUUGUGACUGGUUGUUCACGGGGACCUUUGCUUGGAUUUAAAUAUCUUGAGCCCUUAUUUUGUAUACAAAGGGCUGGGGGCACUGCCUCUGAGGAAGCUCUUGAUCGGCUGCCGACAUCAGCUACUUGCAUGAAUCUUCUAAAGCUUCCACCUUAUAGAAGCAAAGAGCAGCUAGCAACGAAAUUGCUAUAUGCUAUAAAUGCUGAUGCGGGUUUUGAUUUGAGCUGAUGGAUUGCGUUCUUAUAACACCAAGGGAGAAAACUUGGCUUGUGAACUUGUGAUGUCAUCAUAAUCCAUAUGAUGAUGCUUCAGCAAACAUGUGAAUGGAAUAGGCUUUAGAUUGCUUCCAUGGAAGAUCCGCCAUUUGGAUUCACGUGUACAUAUGUGGAUACAUCUGCAGUAUAUAUAUUAAGUUUGGUUAAGUUUAUACAUGCUGGAGCUUCCACAGGUGCCCUGUCAAGGAAUACGAUUUUUAGACUGCAAGUUGAAAGAAUUGCAACUCAUGAUGUAAACGAGACGGGCUGUUUUUUUACUCUUUCUUGACUAGGUCCCAGCAAAAUCUUUCCUGUCUAGAGGCGGAUUUAAAAUGCUCUUUUACCUGUUUCUACCAGUUGUACUUGUGUAAUUAUCUGUAGAUAAGGACAUAAGGUAUAGAUGACCAGGGGCGAAGUGGUUGUGUUUAAUCUCAUAAUUCAGAGAAGCUCCGAAUUCUCGACGAGGAAAGUCUGAUUUAAAUAAAAUAGCUCUUUAUAUA